GUGAUUCUGAUUACCUUUCAUAUGUUCUUUUAUGUUUUAUCCAACUAAACUACUUGCAACAUAGAAGGACUAGAGUUCAGAACCAGAUCACAUUACAUUGCAGCAAUGGCAUCAGUCACCAUGGCAGCAUCCUUCCUCAGCAGCUCAGCCAUCGCCAACCGGUCUCCCGUGGCUUCCCGGCGGAGCCUCGUGGUGGUAGCCAAUGCUGCCAGAACAGUUGAUGGAGAAAAAAUGAAGGUGAGUUAUGACAAUGACAAGGAGGGAAGGAGGAACAUCAUGUUUGCUGCUGCAGCAGCAGCUGUUUGCUCUGUUGCUGGGAUGGCUGUGGCUGAUGAGCCCAAACGUGGCUCCCCAGAAGCUAAGAAAGCCUAUGCUCCUGUUUGUGUCACCAAUCCAACAGCUAGAAUUUGCCGCAACUAAGGAAAAAGUUGAUAACAGUGGGGGGUGUAUGUAAUGUUUUGGUUUCAUCUGCAUGAUCGUUUCUGACUCGCUGUACUAGUUGAUCAUGAAAGAAAUAACAACCUUUGCCUUA